AUGGAUCAGGCAGAUAUAGAAGAGCGGAGGGACUCCGGAUCUCAUGAUAUCACACCUCCGGAGAAACUCAUCUGCGGGUACCACGGAAGCGUGGAAGUUGUCAAGGCCGGAACUCUGGCAGCGCUGGUGGAAAAAUUGACGGACCACGACAAGCUCGACUGCUCCUUCAAUCGGAUCUUUUUCACCACUUAUAAAUAUUUUACCUCGGGAACGGAGCUCCGUGAGCUCCUUAUCGACCGCUUCAAUUGCUCGCCUCCCAUAUUAAACGUUGCUCAGACGGCAGAAUGGUCAACCCAGACAAAGCCACUGAUUCAAUUACGCGUGAUAUAUGUUCUAAACCAGUGGCUUGAACAUUUUUGGUCUGAGCCAAAAGGAAUUGAUACAGAUCGAAAUUUGCGAAUACUAGAGUCAUUUGCAAAGCGCGCCACAGAUGUCACAGAGACAAGCGCGACACAACAACUUCUCACGAUCAUUCGACGUCGACUUGCGGGUCUCGAUUGCAAGAGAAGGCCACUAUCAUCCACCUCAGCUCCGCCAAAGCCAAUUCUACCACGGAAAUUAGAGAAGCUCCAGUUCCUCAAAAUCGAUGCCAAGGAGAUUGCCCGGCAGCUGACUAUCAUGGAAGCGCGUGUGUUCGACAAAGUACAACGAGAUGAAUUCUUAAACAAAAACUGGGAAAUAAAGGAGAGCCCCAGUACACCUGAGCUAGCUCCGAACGUCAGGGCCUUGAUUCGGUAUUCCAAUCAGCUGUCUAAUUGGGUCUGCGCCCUAAUCCUUGCAGAAUCGGAAUUGAAAAAGCGAACUCAAGUGAUAGGGCAUUUGGUCAAUGUGGCCAAUACCUGUCAUGAACUUCAUAAUUACUCCGCAGUGGUCUCUAUCUUGGCAGGCCUGGAAAGUGCACCUAUCUAUCGGCUUGCUCGCACUUGGGCAAUGGUCACCGAACGAAGUUGCAACACACUAAGGCCCUUGCAAGCUAUGAUAUUCAGUGCACACAAUUACCAGGCCUACCGUGAGACGUUGCAGGUUGCAGUGCCACCGUGCAUUCCUUUUGUUGGUCUGUUUUUGAAAGAUUUGACAUUCAUCGAAGAUGGGAACCCAGCCAUGACACCCGAAGGUCUCAUCAAUUUCCACAAAUGUACUAUGUUAGCAUCCACCAUUCAUGAAAUUCAGCGAUUAAAAGAAGCUCCUUAUUCCUUACAGCCCGUGCCGGCGUUGCAGGAAUACCUUACGAUUCAGUUGCGGUCCGCUGUUGAUUUACAUGAGAUGUGGGACAAAAGCUGUGAGCUGGAGCCUCGAGGCCGGAGUCUUGGAAAUAGACCUCGGGAUCUUUAUACCCCCACAGGAGGCAUGUUGGCGUCUAUGGUAGUCGCCUGCAUGGUCCUGGAUGAUUAA